ACUGACGUUGUUUCUUUCACCAGCAGACUCGCUAAUGUCAUUUUAGUUGAAAAGAAAAAAUAGAAGAGAACGAGGUUGCUGAAAAAUAUCUAAAUUUAAUAGAAACUAUUAGUUUUUCUUUAUCUCGAGUAUCAAACUAAAAGAAUGGCAACGAAAAUUGCAAACAAAAAGUUUAAAUGGCAGCUGGAUUUCACGAAUAGUUCAAACAGGUCCCGUAGCAGCUCGGAUAUUGCUUCACCUCCGGGGUUCAAUCCGUCGGCUGGUCAGGUACACAGCGAAGUCGCUCGUGACAACGACCAGAGCCAUCUAAUCCUGAAAAAGAGCUGGGAUAUCGCCCUUGGACCGAUUAAGCAGUUUCCGAUGAAUCUGCUCAUAAUGUACAUGUCCGGAAACUCAAUCAGCAUUUUUCCAAUUAUGAUGGUGGUCAUGAUGUUCAUUCGGCCGAUCAAAGCUGUCCUGUCGACUGGAGCUACAUUUAAGGUAAUCGAAGGGGUACAGGCAACUGGACAAAAGUUCGUGUACUUUUUGGGUAAUCUGGUCAACAUCGGAUUAGCACUUUACAAAUGCCACAGCAUGGGAUUACUGCCAACGCACGCCUCGGAUUGGUUGGCCUUUGUGGAACCCCAGGCUAGGCUGGAAUAUUCGGGCGGCGGUAUGGCACUUUUCUAGUGAGAUCGUGUUUUUUAAGAAAAUUUAUAUUUCAUCAUUAACGACAGUAUAGCGAAAAAUUUGCUUCAAAUCAAA